GAAAACCAAGUAGUAUUAAAUCUUAUAUUUAUGUAAUUCUGCAGCAUUUUCCAUGGAAACGAAUGCUUGUAAUAUAUAUGUGACUAGGUAACAUUAAUAUAACUUUGCGUGCUUUGUGGCUCCAUAAUUAUUUACGGCAAAAGCCAGUGUAAACUAUUGUAACCAGCUUCGCUGUCACAUCGGUAAUCGUGGUCAAUCAAUUGCGAGUGACCAUGGCUAACGUGGUUACCAUGGUGCGUAGGAAGUAAAUAGGUGAUAAUGUCGUAGAUAACACCGUUUAACGGAAUUAAUUUUUAUUAUAAUGCAAUAAAUAUGCAGUCUGAAGAUGCGAGGUAUUUAAAAAGGAAAAUAAGAUCUCGUUCAAUCGAUGUUCACCCAACAGAGAAAGCCCUGGUUGUAAAUUAUGAGUUGGAGGCCCUUAUCCUUGGAGACUUGGGUGAUCCAUUACUUGGUGACCGUAAGGAUUGUCAGAAGAUAAUACGCUUGAAGAGUCUGAAUGAAGAUACAAAUUGUGCAGCAUUAGCAAAAGAGGUGGUAGGGAAAUGCAGCCUCAUACAUCCAAGCAAAGUAGAAGAGGUACAGCAGCUAAUUUACUAUUUGCAGAACAGGAAGGAUGCCACAUCUGGUUCCAGUGUUCCAGCCAUGGAACAAAGUGAUUCAUCCCGACCCAGUUCAUCAUGUUCGGGUACAGACAGCCCAUCUUCUUCUACUGUCGCAGCUGAGAAAGCUAACAUUAACAAUAUUGAAGGCUACGUGGAACUUCUGUAUGAGAAUAUCCCCGAGAAAGUUGCAGGCUCUGCUCUGAUCCUACAGCUGGCCAGGAAUCCAGACAACCUUGAAGAAUUAGGAAGUAAUGAUGCUGUGUUGAGUGCCUUGUCACGAGUGCUACGAGAAGACUGGAAGAAGAGUAUUGAACUGAGCACAAAUAUUGUGUACAUCUUUUUCUGCUUCUCUACUUAUAGUCAGUUUCACCAUGUUAUACUUCAAUAUAAGGUUGGCUCACUCUGCAUGGAAGUAAUAGACUAUGAAUUACGUCGAUAUGACCAGUGGAAAGAUGAUCUUGAGAUUCGUCGUCGUAAAUGUGAAAGUGGUAAUGUUCCAAGUCAAGCACAAACCCAGGUACAUGGGCCCAUGUCUGCUGACUUACGCCGAAGAGUCAGUGAUGGUCUCAAUAGUCAUAGUACAGAAAUAUCCUCAGAACUUCGGAGAACAGUAUCUCACAUUCCUAUAGCCUCUGGAGAUAAUCGUAGGAGAACAGUAGAUGGUGUACACAGUGCAGGGGAGAACUGGGAGUCCAGAAGAAGACAGCUUGAGGGAAUAAGCAAUCCCCCAACCAAUCCAGUCACUGCUGUUGUUGAUCCUAAAGAAGAACUGAAAAGAUUGAAAGAAGAUUUUGAGAAGAUGAAACGCAAGUUUCAAAAUUUCAUCAAGAAACAAGAUCAGUUGCUGAGAGUAUCUUUCUACUUGCUGCUGAACAUUGCGGAAGAUACUCGCGUUGAGGAUAAAAUGAGGAAAAAGAAUAUAACUGGAAUGCUAACAAAAACACUAGACAGAGAUAAUGCUGACCUCUUAAUCUUGGUUGUCACAUUUCUGAAGAAGCUGUCCCUUUUCAAAGAGAAUGUGGAUGACAUGUCGGACCUGAAUGUGGUUGAGAAGCUCCCAAGGAUCUUGAUGAUGAACAACUCUGACUUGAUUCAUAUGACCCUGAAACUUCUGUUAAACCUGUCAUUCACCCUUCUCCUACGAGAGAGAAUGGUACGCAUUGGAUUCUUGCCAAAGCUUGUCAGUCUUCUAAAUGAGCAGCGCCAUGAAUCCGUUGUACUGAAAAUUCUGUAUCAUCUAAGCAUGGAUGACAGGUGCAAGUCAAUGUUCACCUACACCGAUUGUGUUCCUAUGGCAAUGAAGAUGCUGCUGGAGGGUCCUGAAGAUGAUGUGAAUUUGGAAUUGGUAGCACUGUGUAUCAAUCUUGCAAUCAACAAGCGCAAUGCACAGAUUAUGGUGGAAGACAAUAGAUUGGGGUGUCUUAUGGCUCGAGCAUUCCGUAAUCAGGACUCUCUGAUCAUGAAGAUGAUUCGCAAUAUUGCCAUGCAUGAGGGUACCAAGCAGAAUUUUGUUGAAUUUGUGGGUGAUAUAGCAAAGGCAGUUGUAGAUUGCCCAAACGAGGAGUUUGUGGUAGAGUGUGUUGGUGUCCUAGGCAACAUGACUUUACCAGACCUGGACUUCUGUCAGCUCAUGCAGCGUUUCAACCUCAUCCUUUGGGUCCAGAACAUCCUCAUCCCUGGAAAAUAUGAGGAUGACUUGGUCCUAGAAGUUGUCGUUCUGCUGGGGACAGCUGCUGCAGAUGAGGGCUGUGCUAUGCUCCUUUGCAAAGCGGAUAUUCUUCUGUCUCUCAUAGAGCUCUUGAAAGCCAAACAAGAAGACGAUGAAAUGGUACUCCAGAUCAUUUAUGUGUUCUAUAUGAUUUCUCGAACUACUACUACAAGAGAUUACCUGAUCAAAGAGACUGAAGCUCCUGCAUAUUUGAUAGACCUCAUGCAUGACAAGAAUACUCAGAUUCGGAGGAUCUGCAAUCAUUGCCUCGAUAUCAUAGCUGAUUGGAACAAGGAGUGGGCAGACCGAAUCAAAUUAGAAAAGUUCCGCUGGCACAACUCUCAGUGGCUUGACAUGGUGGAGAGUUCAAUGGAUGAUAAGGACUUUGGAAUGCCAAAUGAAGAUUUGCCACCAGUCUUAAAUGGAGAUCUCAUGCACCUGUACCCUACAGGAUCACAGAUGUCGCUGAGUAUACCCAGUGAAGAUGGUAUCAGAGACAGUACUACAGAGAAUGUCAUUAGACCAAAAAGUGGCAGGUACAGUCGAGAUCUUGAGUCAGAGUUUGGAGAUGGGGAACAGUUGCUUCAAGGCAAGUCUUCGUCUUGUCUAUCUACAAGCAACAGCAACGAAGAUCUUGUGCGUAAUGGUCUCAACAACCUGGUCCUGGGUCCAAUUCUGUCAGAAGCUGAAUUUGACACCACGGGCCAAAGUCAGUAUGUAAUGAUCUAAGUCAUGUCAGAAAAUAUAUGUCUUUUCAACCAUAAAAAGUGACAGUCACAUGGAUAGACAUAAUUUCCUGACAAUGACGAGAUCAGAAAGGAUGUUUCAUGUAAUGACCUUACCCAAUGUUAAUGUUUCUUACGUGACAUGUCUUGUGGUUUUUGUGGGAGUUCUGAAAUCAAAAAGAAAGUUCAGCAUUGCUAAUGCCAUUUUUGGACUACUCAUUUACAUGAUUGCAUAUGUGCUUGAAAUCACAUUUUUUUGAUGUGUGCCAUUAUGUUCUUUUGAUAUUACAUAUACUAUAUACAUAUAUAUGUAAAAUGUAAGCAAUAUUUGUUGUUCAUGUAGCAGCUUAUUUAAAUUUGUUAACUCUGUUAUUCCACCUUGUUGCUUUGUUAAUUGUAUGCAUCUAGAUCAUUUUUAAUAGAUGGCUCUUGUUGAUAAAGCUAAAAUGUGCAAUUCUAGUCAUACAAUUUUUGUAUGUUUAUAGUGUUUUUUCUGCAGUUAUAUAUUUGUUUCAUAUUGAAAUGUACCGUGACACAAUGAUAUGUACUGCAUUUAUUUUUUAGAUUUAUUUAUUUUCUUCUGUAAAGAAUUAUUUGUAUGUUCAGUCAUUAAACUUCAUGAUGAAUGUAUGUUUUAU